AUGGCCCAGCCAGGUAAAGACAAGAACCUUUUACGCCGAGUCAUCGAGGCAGCUCUAGAUCGUCACGAAACCUCCUACCCACCCAUGGCAGCCCACGCUACAGCCUCAGCGGCACGGAAAAAUGGGACUUGGGGCCCCAAUGGCGCUGAUGUGGAAAGCCAACCAUGGAACUCCGGGUCAAGUAAUCCAGAAACCCUCAUUCCACCCAACGACAAACUCCUCAUAUUCCGCGCCUUGACUGGUAUCGACAGCGUUCCCGCCCUCACACAGGGUGGUCAUCUUCUUCGCAGCGCGCCAAAUGUUGGUAUUUAUACCCGUGUCGUGCGCAACGAGACCAAAGCCGCGCGCGGAUACAAGAUUUUCAAUACUAUGAUCAACACUUGUCUCAGUAUACAAAUUGUGGUCGCCGCAGCCUUGACAGCUCUUGGCGCAGCUAGUGGUCCACACUCCGCCGUGACAGCAUUCGGCGCGAUCAACACCAUAAUGGCUGGUAUUUUGACAUACCUGCGCGGAUCCGGUCUUCCCGAUCGACUGAAGAGCUACCAAAACAAAUGGAAACAUAUACGAGAAUAUAUUGAACAGCGAGAGCGAGAGUUUUGCCUAGUCGGUUGUGACCUUGACGUGCAAGAAGAGGUCUUUAUCGUGGAAAGCAUGUACCAGAGCUUGAAGUCUGAAAUGGAAACAGCUCGAAGUACCGGUGACACCAAGACUCAACAGCCUGAUGAUCCAAGAAUUAGACGCUCGCUUCUUCCGACUCACAAUGAGCUUAGUGGUCAGCGGCCGUCUGUGACACCUGCUAAGCGUUCUACGGUGUUACAUUCCCAGCACCCGGAGGAAGAUGAACCCGUUAGCCCGAUUACGGUUCCUGAACCGGCAUUGGAAAAGUCUUUUGAGAAGACAUAG